AUGUCGACCUCUCGCCGCCCCACGAACCCACGCGGGCCCAAGCCCAAUGUCACCUUCACGGGACUGUGCAUGUACGGCGUUGGAGCUGGCCUCUUGGGCGUCGCAGCCAUGACCGUCGGCGAAAAGGUCGAACAGUACUUUACGGGCCGGCCCAGCUCCCUUGUCCCUGGGCGCGCCCUCGAAGGCCUCCUCAACCUUGCUCCUCGCACGGAUAACCAGAUGUUUUCUCUCAAUGUCAUGAUGAACUACGCCGAGGGGGCUGUGGCGGGGGUGGCUCGCGCCGUGAUGAGCUUCAACGGCAUUCGGGGACCCAUUGCGGACUUUUUGUUCGUGGGCGUGAGAAUGUUGAUUGAUCAGUCUCUAGAAGUCUGGAGUGGAGUGGGCUCCUGGCCCUGGUGA